AUGUCUACACUGCAGGGGAACCGUGGGAGGACAGGAGUGGUGGUGGCUGCCUACAUGCAUUACAGCAACAUAUCAGCCAGUGCUGACCAGGCACUGGACAGGUUCGCCAUGAGGCGCUUCUACGAAGACAAAGCACUUCCUGUGGGUCAACCGUCGCAGAGAAGGUAUGUGCGUUACUUCAGUGGUCUGCUCUCUGGCCACAUCAAGAUUAACAACAAGCCUCUGUUCCUGCACCAUGUCAUCAUGCACGGCAUCCCCAACUUCGAGUCCAAAGGAGGCUGUCGUCCUUUCCUGAAGAUUUACCAGGCGAUGCAGCCAGUCUACACGUCAGGGAUAUAUAACGUACAAGGGGACAGUCACACCAGUAUCUGCAUCACCAUUGAACCUGGCCUGCUCCUAAAGGGAGACAUUUUGUUGAAGUGUUACCACAAGCGUUUCCGGAGCCCCAUUAGGGAUGUGGUAUUCAGAGUGCAGUUCCACACCUGUGCCAUCCACGACCUGGGAGUGGUCUUCGGGAAGAAUGAACUGGAUCAGACUUUUAAAGAUGAGAGAUUUCCAGAAUAUGGGAAAGUGGAAUUUGUCUUCUCCUUCGGACCUGAGAAAAUCAAAGGAAUGGGCCACCUUGAGAAUGGCCCACAAGUGUCGGUGGACUACAAUACCCAAGACCCCCUCAUCCGCUGGGACUCCUACGAGAACUUCAACAGGGGCUGCGAGGAUACAGGAGAUGGGCUUCAGCUUGGGUUCUGGAGUGAGGGUUCAAGACCGGUCGCUAGCUGCUUGUUGGCCCACCUCAACGUUUCUUCACCAAGGGGUCUGUUCUGAAAACACCGCCCUCUCCCCUCCCUCUCUCUUUCCCUCCCUCUCUCUCUUCCUCCUCUUUUGAUCACAGAGUAGCGGUUGACAGGUCAGGUGAAUGUCGA